UUUAGCAUAAUCGUUUUAUAAGAAAAGGGAAAAAAAUGUCAGCAAAUUGCAAUUUGGUAUUCAUUGGUGAUUCCAUUAUACAAAGAAUGCAGGAUAAAGAGAUUUGGACAAAACUUUUUGAGCCCCUGGGUUCUUUGAACUUUGGAAUUGGAGGUGAUUGCACUCAGCAUGUCUUGUGGAGGAUUCAAAAUGGUGAACUUGAGAACAUAUCACCUAAAGUUUUACAGGUUUUAGUUCUACUUGUUGGCACAAAUAAUGUUUCGAAUAUGCCAUCACAUACUGCUGCUAAUAUAGUGGAAGCAGUUGAAUCUAUUGUGUGGUACAUCAAUGGCAUCAAUUCAACUAUUAAAGUAUUAGUAUUGGGUUUAUUACCACGAGGUGAAAAUCCAAAUCAACUUCGAACAAAAAUUAUGGACAUAAACAGUCUACUAGAAUCGUCCAUCAAAAUUAUACCGAACGCGACAUUUUUAAAUGCCGAUCCUGGUUUCGUUAAUAGCGAAGGCAAAAUAUCAGAAAAUGACAUGUUGGAUUACUUACAUUUAACGCGAGCUGCAUAUGAAAAACUCUGUACAAAAAUUUACGAAGCUCUUAUUAGAUUAUUGAAAUAUUCAUAAUGACUACCAGAAACUAUGGAUUGUAAAUUUUAUUGUCUUUUAAAGUUUUAGAUAGAGGUAGUGAGCCUUACAUUUACUAGUAAUGAUGCAAUCCAUAAUUUAAUAUUUAUGUAAUUACUGUUGCUCACGGAAGCCGAGACAAAUUUCAUGAUAUUAAAUUUGACGAUAAAAAUUACUAAUCAUAAAAAAUAUUGGCUAAUUCAUUAAAAUUGCUUUAUCGAGACGGAACGAUAACUCUCCCAAA